GUCGACACUCGCACUUUCUCAUUUCUAACUCGUCCACUUCCACUUCCACCUUCCACCUUCCACCUUCCACCUUCUACCUCCUACCUUCUACCUUCUACCUUCCUCCCACAACAUCCGCACCCACACCUAUCGUCCUUCCUUCGCCCACCUCGCCGUCAGAGUUCCUCUUUCACGGCCUCAACAUCUUCGAUCGAGUCCGCGAUUGACGGUCACCAUCCACCUAUUACAGCUGCACAUCGCCUGUAAGAAGACAUACUAGCAGACAACGCCUCAGCAGCUUCUCUCCCGUCGACAUCCAAGUCGCCUUCACUGCUGCGUCCGGACAUUGAGCAGCACCCAAUAAGAACAGCAGAUACGCCGCCAUGGAGUGGACUGGCUCGCCGCAGCAGAAAAUGUCAUCUUCCUUCACCGUGUUCGACGAGAAUACUCACAACAACAACUACCAGCAGGUUCGUGUGACUUCACGCGACUGUGCAUAUGGGUUGGCUGACGUUGGCGUACCUACAGAGUGGUUUCCCGCGCACGGCCGCUGCCAUGAAUUUGCCCUUGACAACAUCCCGAUUUGCGAACCGUGCUCCACCACCUCAGGUACCUUCCUUCCUCCUCUUUCUCCUUCCUUCCUCCUCCUUCUUUCCUCCUCCUUCCAAGCUCCAACACUUCCCACCACCACGAAAAUCUCUUCCUUGCACCCACCACGAAAAUCUCUUCCUUUCACCCACCACUGACUGCACUUCACAGCGUUUCGGCAACAUGGUUCAGAACAACGACGACGGAGAAGAUCUCAUGGCAGCCAUCAUGGCUAAGAUCAGACUGCGAGAGGCUGACGGCGCUCAGGUUCGCGCCACCUCUCCAACUGGCACCGAUCCCUACAGUGGCAGCACAGCUCCCGCCAGCCACAGCGCCGACGAGGACCUAACUGCUCACGAGGUGUACCGUCUCCAGCGUGAACUUGAUCGCACCAAAGAACGCAUGGCGCAGAUGAACCUCCAGCUGGACCAGUCUCGCCUGGCCCAACACACCAUGCAAGAAGCCAUCGGCUCUCCCUUCCCUCACGCACGGCGACUUGCCGCAAACAUUCCAGUCCCCGGUUUGCUGUCGGCUGGCAACCAGUUCUCGCAGCCAAACGACUUCAGUCGCACCUCGAGACCUUUUGAGCGCAGCGGAUACAGCAACCCGUCGCACUCGUGAGUAUUGCCCACAGGGAUUUCGCCUGCGCACGUGACUGACACAGACCAGCUUCGAUGGCCUGUCGAGCUUCUCGCGCAGUCACUCGGGAUACGGUAUUCGCAAUGGAUACACGCCACCCAUCACCCCAAUGCCGUACGCACCUUCGGGCUACAUGCCAUCCACUCACGCCACCCCACAGCAGCGUCCCGUUGGUACGAGAC